AUGUUCGAGGAGAGCGCGUGGAACGAGGACGGGCCCGAGGGAGGGGCGGCCGGGCCGGGCCCCGCCGGCGCUCUCCUGCCGCCCCGCCCCCAGCGGCAGCAGCCCCCGGUGAGCCGCGCGGCGCCCCCCCCAUGCCCGGGGAGGGAAGAGGGACCCGGCCCCGUCCGUGGGCUGACACUCUCCCGCCUCGCUCCCUCCCUCCAGGGCCCUGCGGGGAACAGCCGCGAGCGGCGCCGGCGGCUCCUGGCCACGCUGCGCCGCCUGGAGGGCUCGAGUCCGUGGUGCGGGGGCUCGUCCAGCGGCGGCGGCGGCAGCAGCAGCGCUUCGGACUCGGAGGCGGAGGAGCAGCUGCGGAAGAAGCCCAGGCAGCGGGACCCAGCAGCCGCGACCCAGCAGCAGCAGCAGCAGAAGAAAACGCCGGGAAGAGGUGAAGGAGCAGCUGGAGAUGGCGCCCCUGUAUCCGGCAGCGAACGCAGGCGUGCCGGGAGCGAGGGAAGUACAGAGAAGGAGCCGAAGCAGCCGCUGCUGACCAGGAAGCAGUGGAGAAACCGCCAAAAAAACAAGCGGCGGCAGAGGAACAAGUUCAAGGGCGGUGCAGAGCUGGCAGCCGCAGCGCCUCUUGCACCAGAGGGGCCUCCUGGCGUCCAGAGAGACCCGGCCCUCUCGGCCCCCGAGAUGAAGGAGGCUCCUGACAGCCGGGCGGCAGUCCUGCGGCUGCGCAUGGAGGGACGGCUCGAUUCGGCUCGCUUCCGCUACAUCAACCAACAGCUGUACACGUGCUCCAGCCAAGAGGCAGCACGGCUCUUCCAGGAGGACCCCGAGGCUUUGGCCAUCUAUCACCGGGGCUUUGCCCAGCAGGUGGCCCGCUGGCCCGAAAGCCCUGUGCAGCGCCUCGUGCGCUACCUCCGCCACAGACCAGCAACUCUAGUGGUGGCCGACUUUGGUUGUGGUGACUGCACGUUGGCACGCAGCCUACGGAACAAGGUGCACUGCUUUGACCUGGUGGCCCUGGACCCCCGAGUCAUUGUCUGCGACAUGGCCCAGGUACCCCUGGAAGCUGAAUCGGUUGAUGUGGCUGUUUUCUGCCUGGCACUCAUGGGCACGAACCUGCGUGAGAUCUUGGAAGAGGCCAGCCGCGUACUGAAAGUCGGGGGCACGCUGCUGGUGGCCGAAGUGGCCAGCCGCUUCUCGGACGUGCGCGCCUUCGUGGGCGCCGUGGCCCAGCUGGGCUUCCAGCUCGUCUCCAAGGACGUCUCCGGCAGCUACUUCUACACCUUCGAGUUCUCCAAGGCGCUUCCGGCCCGGACGCAGCAGCAGCGGAGGGCGCCCCUGCCGGCCUUGGCGCUCCGGCCCUGCCUCUACAAGCGGCGAUGACGUCGGGCGGGGCGGGGCCUCGGGGGCGGGGCUGUUCUGUGGCGCCAUACCAAUAAAGUUGUUUGUUGUUGAA